GCUGUUACUGCGGAACAACAUAAAAGGGUUACUGUCAACAUUAAAUAGUAUUCACACACUUGCUCAGCGUCACUUCAGUGCUAGACUUGGGAAGCGGCUCUCACCACUGCUCACCCAGCUUGCACUACAUAGCAUUUACAGCACCGCUGUGCUUAUCCUCAACUUGGUACACCACAAUCAAAAGCGGCGACCUUACUUUGCCGAUUGACGUUGCUGCACCGUUGCAACGACAACGCAAAAAUCGUAUACAAAUAGAAGCAGUUUCUGAGCGACCACACACCAUGCGUCGUCUGGUAGCUGCUACGUGUUUGCUAUUAUUCCUUGCCAGCGCGCAAGCCCAAGGGAACCUUACGGACCCAAAUGAUCAAUCCACCGAUGACCCAACAGUUUCAGGCCAGUUCAACCUUCUGGGGGUUUCCUACUGCGUGGGCGUUCAGCUCAUUGCUGUGCCAGAUAGCGACCUGUUCUUCUUCAUGGAGCGGCCAUCGACACCUCAUCCCGACGGCAACCACUACAACGCUGGCCUCAUGAACGCAGCGACCGGCAAGUUUGUAAAUGUCAGGACCAACCUGAGCAUGGAGAACUGCGGCCACACCUACCUGGAGAACGGCACCGUCGCCAUCCUCGCUGGCCACAAGCCGCAGAGCGAGUACAAGGAGGGGCGCAGGGGCAUUCAAAUUCUGGAUCUGGAAGCCAAGCAGCUGCGCAGCGUGGGUCAGCUCAAGUUCGGUCACUGGCUGGCGACCGCCACCCGCCUCCCCAACGGCAUGGUCACCAUCAUGAGCGACAGCCCCUCGCCAGUCGGCCCCACCCGCAAGGACGCCAUCAAGAACCCCUUCUACGAGCUGUGGGACCCCGCUAACCCCGCCACCACUAAGCUCUUCCAGCUCGACAACAACUUCGUGACCAAGAGCAAGUACUUCUACUACCCGCGUAACUUCAUCCUGCCGACCGGUGACAUGUUCGUGUGGAGCAACGUGUUCGGCCAGAUCAUCAACCCCCUCACCGGCGCCGUGGUGGCCUCCCUGCCCUCAUGGUCCAAGAUCCCCGAGGCCAAGGGCAUGAGCACCAGCUACCCCUUCAGCGGUACCGCUGUCAUGCUGCCGCUCAAGCCAGCGGACAACUACAAGGUGGUUGAGAUCAUGAUCUUCGGUGGCCAGUGGAGUUGGGGCUGGAUCAACACCACCGCUGUGGGCCUCAGCAUGCGGCUCAAGAUCACCUGCAACGACAACGGCACCUACACCAUCGGCUCCUGGCAGUCCGAGAAGAUGCCCUCGCCCCGUGUCAGCGGCUCCUCCGUCCUCCUGCCCAACGGUCAGGUCCUGCUCAUCAACGGCGCCAAGCGCGGCCUGCUGGGCGACGCAGCCGCCGGCGGUGUUGCCAUGCUCAACGAGCCCAACUUCUGGCCGGUGCUGUACGACCCUAACGCCCCCGCCGGCCGGCGUUACAGCACCCUGGGUCGCUCCCAGAUUGCUCGUCUGCUGCACUCCACCGCCGGACUUACCAUCAAUGGCACCGUGCUGGUGGCGGGAGGCGACCGCUCCGACCGCUUCUGGAGCCCCGAUACCUACAGCCCCAGCCCCACGGGAUUCCCCGAGUAUCGAGUGGAGAUCUUCUCGCCGCCUUUCGUGUACGACACGGACAACCAGCCCACCAUCCUGUACGCCCCCACCUCCAUUGUCCACCAGGACAUCAUGUCAAUCGUGUACACCGCUGCUAGUGAUGCUGCCGUGGUGACCUCAGUGGUGCUGGUGGCCCCGCCCUCGGACACGCACACCAACAACAUGCACCAGCGGGUGGUGGAGCUGGAGAUCCUGGGCACCGACACCGAUACCAACCACGCUGCUGCCAUGGACGGCUCCAAGACCGUCACCGUACGGGGCCCCCCCAACCUCAACGUGGCGCCUGCCGGGCCCUACAUGCUCUUCCUCGUGGUGGGUGACACCUACGGCCCCGGCCAGUGGGUGUACGUCACUCGGUCCUAAGCUGCUGUCGUACGCAGUACAUGCAGUGUACGGCACUGCAGUGUUACGGCGGCGGAACGAUGCGCGGAUGCGUGAAUAAUGCCCCUGCGCUGUUUUGGGGCGCGGCCUACAUGCAUUUGUGAAGCAAAGGCAUCAUAUACAUGUGGAUGGCAGGGGUUGUAGCUAUUGGGCGUGUGUACGCGCGAGCGCUGCCGUGCAUGCAUCCUACAAUAAACAGGCUUGCAUGCGGUGACAUACACAUACCCAACGUGGGGCCAACACAUGCGCAGCGUGGCUGUGUUUGCGUCUGUGCGUGAUGGCGCUUGGUGAAUGGUUGGUGGUUGCGGAGGCCAUGAUGAUGAUGAUGCAUACAUGACCAUGCAUGAGAUGAGUACCUGACGGCAACCAAGAUUGGUUGGUUGGUGACCCACGUGAAUGACGGCGGACAUUUAGAGUCGAUACUAGUAUUCAUAGGGCGGCUUACAUUAGUGGGCAGGUCCUGCACAUGCGCUGCUGGCUGGGAGGCGUGCAUUAGGAUUCAGCAUGCUUGUGGUGACCCACGGGACACUGUUGCGGCGGUUGAUGACAAUAAUAGGGCCAGGCCUUAGCCAAGGGCUGUCAAUGGCUGGGUUUUAGGUACAGAACAUGCUAUGGCCUACACAUAGUGGCUCUGUUAUUUGAGUGCUAACAUGCGUGCGUGCGUGAGAUGCACCUCUGCAAUUCUUUUCCCGUUGUGCUAACGGCCUAGCAUUUUGUAGGUAGGGGGGUCCACGGUUGGUUCAGCCGUUGGGGUUCUUUUGUUUCGUUGCGAGUUGCGCGCGCAAGCAAGCAAGCAGGGGUUGUGGUGGGCUUAGCGCCUGGCCUUACUCAUAUCUAUCUAUCACCAUUCUAGUUGUAGUAGUUACACAAUGCUCUAAGGUGACGUAAUUAACAUUGAUUGAUUACGCCCUCCCUUAUUUGACUAUUCCCAGGUGCCUUUUGACUCAGGAAAGGCUCUAUUUAGGAUGAAUAGUGGCCUUAGCUUUCUCUCGCGCGUUUAGUUCGUUCAGAUGGAGCGACGUGGCGUUUUGGUCUUGCAUGCAGCAAGCGCUAAGAAUUAUCGGCUUUCCUUGCCCGCUGACGCCUGGCGGCGAUGGCAACGCAUCUUGGCGGGUAUCCUUCCCGUACAAGCUAUUCUGUAACCGAAAGCAGCAUCGAAG